AUGGCCACCAACCUCUACGAAACACUUGGCUUGAGCAGAGAUGCUACUCCAGACCAGAUUCGCAAGGCUUAUAGGAAGAAAGCCUUAGAAACUCAUCCUGACCGCUUGCCUCAAGGCGCUUCUCCAGCGCAGAAAUCUGCAUCAGAGGAAAUGUUCCGUAAGGUUAAUAACGCUUACGAAGUCCUCAGUGACCCAGAAAACCGCAAGACCUAUGAUCAGUGCGGAGUAUGGCCUCCUCCGACUGCCCAGGAGAGUUACACUCAGGGCAACUGGCAACGUCCUACUAGACAACUCUUCCAAGAUCCAUUUUUUCAAGACCCCUUUUCCCAACAUCCAUUUUUCGGUCGCAAUCACCAAGCAGACCCAUUCUUCCCAUCCUCACGUCAUCCGCACUUCCAAGACUUCACAGACCCUUUCAUACUCUUUAAUCGGAUGUUUGGAGAUCUCCACCAAGCAUUUUCAAGGGAUCCAUUCGGUAAUCCAUUCAGCCAUUGGGAUGAUGGUUUUGGUCGAGGGUUCAUGUCUCCAAUGUCCAUGUCUCCCAUUACGAGUUCACCAUUUGGAUUCCUCACCGGGGGAAACGUAAAUGUAUACAGCUCUUCUUCCCGUGGGGCACCCGCUAGUGGCUCGAAUGGCUCUAGAUGGGUUUCUGAGAGCUACACAACCUCUACUGUAAACGGCGUUACUCACACCAAAGCUGUUCGUAGAGAUUCACAUGGCAACGAGCAUGUCACCUACUCAUUCCCGGAUGGUACUGAGCGCCACCUGAUCAAUGGGGCCGAGCAACCCUCGAACCCUAACCCUCUCCCAUCUCAUCAUAACAAUCGUGCCAUCGCUGCACCGCCGCCAAGUCAAGGCCCUCCACCAUAUGAAGCUCAUGUCCCACCGCCAGCUGCAGGAUCUACGCGCUCAUUACGGAGCACUCAAUCCAGAUCCCGGAACUACCCACAGGCGCCUUACGCCUCGCAGUAUGCGGAUCCGAAUUCACCUGGACAUCGUCGGAAGAACAAGAGCCGCGAUGGCGUUGACGAUGCGCGGGGUGAGUCUGCGUGGAACUUCUGGAAGUGA